AUGCGCAGAAGCUGGAGCAGAGCCUGGCGGUGGGUGGACGGCGCGACGAUCCACGCGACAGCGCGCGUGCACCCCUCAGCGCGGCUCGCUCCUGGCGUCGUGGUCGAGGCACGCGCUCGCGUGGGCGCGGGCGUCGUGCUCGGGCCGGGCGCGGUCGUCGGCUCAUCUGUUUCGGUGGGUGCUGGGACGAGUGUCGGGCCGCACACGUCGCUGCAGCACUGCUCGAUCGGCGGCGGAUGCACGUUGCACGCUGGAGUGCGCAUCGGAGCCGACGGCUUCGGCUUCGUUCCAGGGACGCCGGCAGGCGCCGAGCAGAGCCGGGAAAGCCAGCGCCUCGAGCGCAGCGUCGGGAGCGUGCUGGAGGGCGACGUGCUGCCGGUGAAGAAGCCGCAGAGGAGACGCGUGGUGGUCGGGCGAGACGUCGAGGUCGGAGCCGGCUCGUGCAUCGAUCGCGGCUCGUGGCGCGACACGAGCAUCGGUGCACACACCAAGAUGGACAAUUUGGUGCAGGUCGGCCACAACGUCGUCAUCGGUGUCGGCUGCCUGCUGUGCGCUGACGUGGCGCUCGGUGGCUCGGCGACACUGGGAGACUACUGCGUGCUCGGGGGCAAGGCCGCCGUCGCCGACCACGUCUCCGUCGCCGCAGGCACUCGCGUCGCCGCGUGCUCGGGUGUGACCUCGCACGUGGACUCGCCCGGCACCACCAUCGCUGGCCUCCCCGCACGGCCAAUCGCACUGUGGAGGCGUGAGGUGGCUUGGGCGCGGCGAGCGGCGGCGCGAGAGGCGGGCGGUGCCAGGUGA